CACGUAUUAAUCAUUCAGUUGACUUUGUUGUCAAUUGUAAAGAUACUAAAACAGCAUAGUGAUGAUUGAUCAGAGUCCUUUACUCGUGGAAAAUUUGUAUGCCUCUUUCUGAAACCUGACAUAACAGUUGCGGAGCUAUGGAGCUGAAGACACCAACAAGUUUGGUUUUUGGUGUCAACGGUGAGAGGUUUGAGCUUUCCAACGUUGACCCUUCCACCACUUUACUCGAAUUCUUGCGAACACACACUAGUUUCAAGAGUGUCAAACUUGGCUGUGGUGAAGGUGGUUGUGGUGCUUGCGUAGUUUUAAUCUCCAAAUAUGAUCCUGUGCAUGACAGAGUUGAGGAUUUUACAGCAAGCUCUUGUCUCACACUACUUUGCAGCAUACAUGGAUGUUCCAUAACAACAAGUGAAGGCAUUGGAAAUAGUAAAGAUGGGUUCCACCCAAUUCAUGAAAGAAUUGCAGGAUUCCAUGCCACUCAAUGUGGCUUCUGCACUCCUGGAAUGUGUGUUUCCCUUUAUGGUACUCUUGUCAAUGCUGAAAAGACCAAUCGUCCAGAGCCACCUCCCGGGUUUUCAAAAGUGUCUGCUUCUGAGGCUGAAAUGGCCAUUGCAGGCAACCUUUGUCGCUGUACCGGGUACAGACCCAUUGCUGAUGCCUGCAAAAGCUUUGCAGCUGAUGUUGAUAUAGAGGAUUUGGGGUUCAAUUCUUUUUGGAGAAAGGGAGAGAGUAAGGACUUAAAGCUUAGUAGGUUGCCUCAAUAUGACCAAAAUCACAAUAAUGUUAGAUUUCCUUUGUUUUUGAAGGAAAUCAAGCCAUUUGUGUCCUUGGCUUCUGAGGAACACGGUUGGUAUUGUCCCACUAGUCUGAAGGAGCUUCAGGGAUUAUUCGCAUUAAACCAUGCCAAUGAGACAAGGAUGAAACUUGUUGUUAGUAAUACAGGCAUGGGGUAUUACAAAGAUAAUGAAGGCUAUGAUGUGUACAUUGAUCUAAGGGGCAUUUCUGAGCUCUCAAUGAUCAGAAAGGAUAGGACAGGGAUUGAAUUUGGAGCAACAGUGACAAUAUCUAAAGCCAUUGAAACACUCAAGGAAGAGAGCAGAGGUGACUUUCUCUCAGAUUAUGUAAUGAUACUUAAAAAAAUUGCUGAGCAUAUGAACAAAAUUGCCUCAGGGUUUAUUAGGAACACAGCCAGUGUAGGUGGCAAUCUAGUGAUGGCACAGAGGCAUCAUUUUCCCUCGGAUAUUGCUACAAUACUUCUUGCUGUGGAUUCAAUGGUUCACAUAAUGACCGGUACACAAUUUGAGUGGCUGACAUUGGAGGAGUUUCUGGAAAGACCACCAUUAAGCUUGGACAGUGUGCUUUUAAGCAUUAAAGUUCCUAGUUUGAAACUCAGUGAAAGUGAAUCUUCAGAACCAAGAGGUAGAUUUCUCUUAGAAACAUACCGAGCUUCUCCUCGACCUCUUGGAAACGCCCUUCCCUAUUUGAAUGCCGCUUUCCUCGCUAAGGUGUCUCCAUGCAAGGAUUCUGAUGGAACUGUGAUAGACACUUGUAGGUUGUCUUUUGGUGCUUAUGGGACUAAGCAUGCAAUGAGAGCAAAAUAUGUUGAGGAAUUUAUAGCAGGAAAACUUUUAAGUGCUAGAAUUCUAUAUGAUGUUGUCAACUUGAUUACAGCCACUAUUGUACCUAAAGAUGAUACCUCACAUGCUGCUUACCGUUCUAGUUUGGCAGCUGGUUUUAUUUUUCAGUUCUUUAACCCACUGAUUGGCAAUCCUGAAAGAAUAACAAAUGGUUAUUUAAAUGAACAUACUAAUCUGUCAUCUGUGAAGGAUUUUGGAUUAACAGAAAAUCGGAAGCAGGUUCAUCAUGACAAAACUCCAGCCUUACUGUCAUCUGGGAAGCAGGUCCUUGAAGCAGGUACUGAGUAUCAACCCAUUGGAGAGCCAGUCAUCAAAUCCGGUGCCGCACUACAAGCUUCAGGUGAGGCUGUUUUUGUGGAUGACAUUCCGUCACCAAAAAAUUGCCUGCAUGGAACAUAUAUUUAUAGUGCAAAACCUUUAGCAAGGAUAAAGAGUAUAAAACUCAGCCCUGAAUUGAAACUGGAUGGAGUGAGGGGUAUUAUUUCGAGCAAAGACAUUCCCAAUGGGGGGCAGAACAGUGGAUCAAAGUCUUCGUUUGGUGAAGAACCUUUAUUUGCUGAAGAGAUAGCUAAAUGUGUUGGUGAUCGACUUGCCAUUGUGGUUGCAGAUACUCAGAAACUAGCAGAUAUGGCCGCAAACUCUGCUAUUGUGGAUUACAGUCUUGAAAAUCUUGAACCACCUAUCCUAAGUGUGGAAGAUGCUGUUAAAAGAUCUAGCAUUUUUCAAUUACCUCCUUUCUUCGUCCCAAGUCAAGUUGGUGAUGUGUCAAAAGGAAUGGCUAAAGCAGAUCACAAGAUUCUUUCUGCUGAGUUGAAACUUGGGUCUCAAUACUAUUUCUACAUGGAGACACAAACUGCACUUGCUGUACCAGAUGAAGACAACUGCAUUGUGGUUUACAGUUCAAGUCAAUCCCCUGAGUAUGUGCAUGCUAAUAUUGCAAGAUGCCUAGGUAUUCCUGCAAAUAAUGUUCGUGUCAUUACUAGAAGGGUUGGUGGAGGUUUUGGUGGAAAGUCCUUGAGAUCUGUAACAUGUGCUACAUCAUGUGCAUUGGCAGCACACAAAUUGCGGCAUCCGGUCAGGAUGUAUCUAAAUCGAAAGACAGAUAUGAUAAUGGCUGGAGGAAGACACCCCAUGAAGAUAACUUACAGUGUUGGUUUCAAGAAUGAUGGGAAGAUUACAGCAUUAGAACUUGAAAUCUUGGUUAAUGCAGGAAUAUAUGUGGAUUGUAGUCCAAUAAUACCACGCAACAUGAUUGGUGCACUUAAAAAGUAUGAUUGGGGUGCUCUCUCUUUUGAUAUAAAGCUGUGCAGAACAAACCAUCCUAGUAGAGCUGCAAUGAGGGCCCCUGGGGAUGUGCAAGGAUCAUACAUUGCAGAAGCUAUAAUAGAAAAAGUUGCAGCUACACUUGAAAUGGAUGUAGAUUCUGUAAGGAGCAUUAACCUCCACACAUACACAAGUCUCAAGGCAUUCUAUGAGGAUUCUUGUGGGGAGCCUCAUGAGUAUACUAUGCCUUUAAUAUGGAGCAAGUUAAAUGCUUUCGCUAACUAUGAAGUAAGAGUAGAAAUGGUGAAAGAGUUUAACAGGACUAACACUUGGAAGAAAAGGGGGAUUUCUAGAGUGCCAGUGAUGUAUGAGGUGACUCAAAGAGCUACUACGGGAAAAGUAAGUAUUUUUUCAGAUGGGUCUGUUGUUGCUGAAGUUGGAGGAAUUGAACUGGGUCAGGGUCUUUGGACAAAGGUGAAACAAAUGGUUGCAUUUGCACUUGGUGCAGUUAAAUGUGAUGGAAUUGAUGGUCUCUUGGAUAAAGUAAGGGUUGUACAAUCUGAUACAGUGAGCUUGAUUCAAGGGGGGUUAACUGCUGGGAGCACCACAUCAGAAUCAAGCUGUGAAGCUGCUAGGCUUAGCUGUGAUAUCUUGGUUGAGAGGUUAAAGCCUCUCAAGGAAAAAUUGCAAAAGGAAAUGGGUUCUGUCAAUUGGGAGACACUUAUUAUCCAGGCAUAUGCACAAUCUGUGAAUUUAUCAGCAUCUUCAUUUUAUGUACCCAGUACUAAUUCCAGUAGAUACAUUAAUUAUGGUGCUGCAGUAAGUGAGGUGGAAAUAGAUCUUGUGACUGGAGAAACCAGAUGUUUGCAGACAGAUAUUAUCUAUGAUUGUGGACAGAGUCUCAACCCAGCUGUGGAUUUAGGACAAAUUGAAGGAUCUUUUAUACAGGGGUUGGGUUUUUUCAUGCUUGAAGAAUAUGAAACAAAUCUUGAUGGUUUGGUCUUGGUAGAUGGCACGUGGAACUACAAAAUUCCUACAUUAGACACUAUUCCUCAAAAGUUUAAUGUUCAAAUCCUCAACAGUGAGCACCACCCACAACGUGUUCUCUCUUCAAAGGCUUCUGGUGAGCCUCCAUUACUUCUGGCAGUUUCUGUUCACUGUGCCACAAGAGCGGCUGCCAAAGAAGCAAAGAAACAGCUUCUAUCAUGGAGCAACUUGGAUGGACCAGAUUCAACAUUUCAGUUGGAGGUCCCUGCAACAAUGCCUGUGCUCAAGCAACUCUGUGGACUCGACAUUGUGCAAACAUACUUGAAAUGGAAAAUGGGCAGCAUGGGAAGGAACUCAAAUCAUCUAUAGAAUAUACAACAAUGAUUUAACUAAAAAUAAAAUCUUGGGGGUGAAAAAAUAGGUUGUGUUUUCUUUCAUCUCACCACUUAGAUAAAUGUAAGGAUUACAAGUCUAAUAUAACAUAAAUGUUAUUAAAUAUUAAUUGUCUUAUUAAUCAA